AUGCAAAUGCCAAGAGCUGGGUCUUGGCUAUGUUUUCUUCACUUGUUGCUGUUUUGGCCAACAGCCAUUAAAGCCAUCCAUAGCUUAGAGCAUUUAGAGUCUUUGCUGGCCACUGAAAAUUUCCUCAUUGAUGAGUUACGCAAUUAUAUAGACAGACUGGACCACCAGCUCGUUGACUUAAAGAGAGAAGUUGCCGUUAUAGAGCAGAUACACGGACAGGUGGGCGAACAGGUGGAAGAGCAUAUGGGCAAUCCCCUUAAUGUCCUAACCAUACUCAAGCGUUUCGAGAGUUUAUGGCCCAGAUUGGAAGAACAAGCAAAUGAUGUGGGCAACAUCACCUGGAGUGAUAAAUACUUGGCAGAGGAGCUAGAGCUGCCAACCGAAAGUGACUAUGAAGAUGCCUUGGGCAAUCUUCUACAUCUUCAGUCGGUAUAUGACCUUCAACCCGCCGCUCUCUCUGUGGGCUUGGUGAAUGGCCAAAAGUUUGGCUCAGCCAUGUCCUGGAGCGAUUGCCUUGAAAUGGCAAUCAAGUCCGGCCAACAGGAUAAUGCCAACUAUGCAGUGGCCAAAUACUGGCUGGAGACGGCAAUGGAGAAGAUUACUUCCUUUAACAACGCCACCUACGACCACUUCACUGGCGAGCAGGGACGAGGCAAAAUUCAAAUUUUAGAAGCCUCUCUGAACCUGGAAUACCGUGCGGGAAAAUUUCCUCGCGCAUUGGCAAUGGCCGAGGAGUUGCUUUUGCUUCUUCCCACUAGUCGCAGUGUGCAAAAGGCCAAAACAAAAAUAGAGCAGGCAAUGUCGAAGCUGCCUCAAGGCAAGCAGCGAAAUGGAAACGCGAAGAGAGAAAAGUUCUCAGAGCAGCAACUCAUCGCGGAACUUUGCCGGGAAGUCAUCCAUCGGUCCAGUGCAGGAGUUACAUCGAGUCAUUGUCGACUAGAUAAGACCAAACCCCAAUAUAUUCUGACCCCUCUGCGCUUAGAGAUUCUCAGAGCAGACCCCUAUAUAGCAUUGCAUCAUGAUGUUCUGACCAUUAAGCAAACUGAACAACUCGUCGAGCUAAUUGACGAAGAUGAAAUGGACAAUAAUUCAGAUGAACCUGCUUUUAAGUCACUUCAGUUCUCCAAGUUGGCACAAAGGAAGCUGAGCCGUAGUCUUUACCCACAACUGGGUCAGGAUGGCGCAGUUAAUAUGCGCUGGCGGCCUCGUCGUCAUAGUCACCACAACGUGAUGGAGACCGUGAGACCUCUGAGCCCAUCUUCAACAGGCCCCACACAUUCGACGGCACGUGUGAUGCUCAAUGUGCGUAUGAUGCUAUGGGCCCCACAGCUACAGCCGGCCCAGAUGGGUGGGGCGAUGGUGUUCCCCCAGCUACAGCUCGGCAUUAAUGUUCCACAUGGGUCGCUGCUUUAUUGGCGAACGUGCAAUGGAAACGAGUUUUCAAUGGACUCCGAGUCGGAUUACCGUAGUCGUCAUGCUGUCUGCCCCGUUGUGCUGGGCGAGCAAUUGUGUGAGUAA